ACACUCCCCUCCAGCGCGCGGCGGAGCCACCCUCUCCCCUCCUUCUCGCCAACACCACCGCCUCCUCUGACACCGCUGCCACCUCGCCGGACGCUCCGCAGAUUGCCGCGGCUGGCCAGGGGGGCGGUGCGCCGGAGCGUGCGCGCCGGGGACGCCAGAUGUGCAGUCGCCGCCGCCGCUAGUGCCCCAGCGGCGGCCAGAGCCAGGUCGGGUCGUCUCAGCAAUGCUGCUGCGGGGGCGACCUUGAACGAACCCCGCUUUCUCUCGGCGGGGAUCACCCGGAGCCCCUGUGCCGGGUCCUGCCCUCUCCAGCUCGGCUCGCCCUGCGCUCGGUCAUGGAAGGGGCGGCAGUGUCCGCGGCAGGGGAUGGCCCUGCAGUGGAGACGGGCUUGCCCGGCUCUCCGCUGGAGGCGGUGGCCGGGGCGACUGCAGCCCCAGUGGAGCCCAGGAAGCCGCACGGGGUGAAGCGGCAUCACCACAAACACAACUUGAAGCAUCGCUAUGAGCUGCAAGAGACCCUGGGCAAAGGUACCUACGGCAAAGUCAAGAGAGCCACCGAGAGGUUUUCAGGCCGAGUGGUUGCUAUAAAAUCCAUCCGUAAGGACAAAAUUAAGGACGAGCUAGACAUGGUUCACAUCAGACGAGAGAUUGAGAUCAUGUCAUCCCUCAACCAUCCUCAUAUCAUCAGUAUUUAUGAAGUGUUUGAGAACAAAGAUAAGAUUGUGAUCAUCAUGGAAUAUGCCAGCAAAGGGGAGCUGUAUGAUUACAUCAGUGAGCGGAGACGCCUCAGCGAGAGGGAGACCAGACACUUCUUCCGGCAGAUCGUGUCUGCGGUGCAUUACUGUCACAAGAAUGGCGUGGUCCACCGGGACUUGAAGCUGGAGAACAUACUGCUUGAUGACAACUGCAACAUUAAGAUCGCUGACUUUGGGCUUUCCAACCUGUACCAGAAGGACAAGUUCUUGCAAACAUUUUGUGGGAGUCCACUCUAUGCGUCCCCUGAGAUCGUCAAUGGCAGGCCUUACCGAGGACCAGAGGUGGACAGCUGGGCCCUGGGAGUCCUACUUUACACUCUCAUCUAUGGGACGAUGCCCUUCGAUGGCUUUGAUCACAAAAACCUCAUCCGGCAGAUCAGCAGUGGAGAGUACCGGGAACCCACACAGCCCUCAGAUGCUCGGGGUCUCAUCCGGUGGAUGCUGAUGGUGAAUCCUGAUCGCCGGGCCACCAUCGAGGACAUCGCCAACCACUGGUGGGUGAACUGGGGCUAUAAGAGCAGUGUCUGUGACUGCGAUGCCCUUCCUGACUCCGAGUCUCCACUCUUGGCACGGAUCAUUGAUUGGCAUCACCGGUCCACGGGGCUGCAGGCUGAGGCUGAAGCCAAGAUGAAGGGUCUAGCUAAACCCGGGGCCUCUGAGGUUGUGUUGGAGCGGCAGCGGUCACUGAAGAAGUCCAAGAAAGAGAACGACUUUCCCCAGUCAGGCCAGGACUCCGUCCCUGAAAGCCCAUCCAAACUGAGUUCCAAGAGGCCCAAGAGCAUCCUGAAGAAGCGGAGUAACAGUGAGCAUCGCUCCCACAGCACUGGCUUUAUCGAAGGCAUCGUGGGCCCUUCCUUACCAUCCCCUUUCAAAAUGGAGCAAGAUUUGUGCCGGACUGCCAUCCCCCUCCCCAGCUCCCCCGAGGCAGAUGUGUCAGGGAAGCUCACCCUUAAACAGUCCGCCACAAUGCCCAAGAAAGGCAUCUUGAAAAAGACCCAGCAGAGAGAAUCUGGCUACUAUUCAUCCCCGGAGCGCAGCGAGUCCUCAGAGCUGCUGGACAGUAAUGACGCGGUCAUCAGUGGCGGCCUCACGUCCCCUCCCCCAGACCCAUCCAGGGGAACUUCCCACAGCCUGUCCUGCCGGAGGAAGGGCAUCUUGAAACAUAGCAGCAGGUACUCGGAUGGUGCCACAGACCCUUCCCUCACUGGCUCCGAAAUGCCCACACUGGAAUCCUUGUCACCUCCCGGUGCCCCCUCUGAUGGCAUCUCUCGCAGCUACAGUCGCCCAUCCAGUAUCAUCAGUGAUGACAGUGUCCUGUCCAGCGACUCUUUCGACUUGUUAGAUCUGCAGGAGAAUCGGCCAGCCCGCCAUCGCAUCCGCAGCUGUGUCUCUGCCGAAAACUUCCUCCAGCUUCAGGACUUUGAGACACCGCAUAACCGGCCCCGGCCCCAGUACCUGAAGCGGUACCGGAACCGGCUGGCCGACAGUAGCUUCUCCCUUCUCACGGAUAUGGACGAUGUGACUCAGGUGUAUAAGAAAGCUCUGGAGAUCUGCAGCAAGCUCAACUAGCCCUUCAGGGCACAGAGGAUGGGCUGGGUGGGUGGGUGAGUCCUCAGGAGGAGGGCGACAGAACUCAGCCUGCAGGCUGGUUACCUCUUUGCUGGUCAUGGCAAGGGACUGGGAAAGGACUGGUAAUGGCUGGCCUGGCCAGUUUUUUGCAGCCUUGACUCAGCACCUAAAAGGGAUGGGAACCGUUCUUUACCAGUUCUGCCAGCUGCCAGUCAAAAUGUGGGUCCUAACUGGCAUUCCCAGACGACAUCUCACAGGGAAGGUGGUGUUGGCCAGCGUGAAAUGGGAAGGGACGUUAUUUGGGAAGGGGGUGUUUUCCUAGACGUCAUCUAGAUGUUUCUGGAGGAGGGGGGGAAAGACUGAGACCAUCUACUCUGGAUGAAUACAUUAGCAAGCCUGGUCCGUCUACUUAGGGGCUAGCAAGAUCUCAGCAACCUGAGUGUGAAUUGGUGAUCGGCUGAUAAUGUCUGUACUGUGGUCUGAUUUUAGUAGCCUAGGCACAGCAGGGAGCAUUGAGGGGGGUAGUAUCAAUAACUGCUGGGGAGCUGGGAACAGAGACAACAGCAUAGCGGCCCUGGCUAAGCCCUGGGAGUUAAACAGUUAACUCUUUCAUGGCACAGCCUGGCAAGUAUGAACUCGCUCCUGGACCUUGAGUGGAAGUGAGGGCUUGCUACAGAGCGCAUGUGCUGAACUCUGCUAUGGGAAUAGUCCGGUGGCAGUGACUCGGUUUCCCGGGAUCUGACGCUUCUUUCUUCUCUUCCUUGCCUGGUUCUUCUUUAGUGGGCCGUUCGGAAGGUGAGCAGGAGGGUACCUGGCAGUGCGAGAGGCCAGGGCUUUGUGUAUAACGGGGCACAGAGCUGCUGUGGUCUCUGCCCAGUAGAUGGACGGCGAGACACGCCUGCAAAGGGGGCAACUUAUCACUUUCUUAAAUGUCUCAGUAUUAACUGGAACCCUGCCUCUUGGCUUCUCACCCGCACGAGGACGUGAUGCUACUUAGAGUCUCCAAAGCAUUACUGACUCAGCCAUAGGCCCCAUUCACCCACGAGAGUGUACCCUCAACUGUAGACAAGUCGCGUCUAGGGAGCUAGUGUGUAGGGGAAAUAUGUGGCUGAGGACAAGUUCAGUUUGAUAGAAGGGUCUUGUCUCCUCGGGCCUACGUAUUCUAUCUCGUGGUUUUGAUCUUCCUCAUUUGGGGGGAGAAAACAAGUUCCAUCCAUCCAUCCAUCCAUCCAUCCAUCCAUCCAUCCAUCCAUCCACCCAUCCAUCCAUCCACAGAAUAUGAUAUUGAAGGAGCAGAGUGCUGUGCAGGGACUUGGGGAAGUUUCCUCAGGAACCAUCCAGAUGGCUCUGGAGGAGGCAGAAAGGAGGCAUGUGGGGCUGACAGGAUACUUAAAAAAGUUUCAGCUAAUUAUCUAAUCUCUGAACACUAAGAUCACAGGUGAUGUCAUCCCCAUAGAAGGGACCCUGGGGACACUUGUUGGGGGUGGGGGGUUGAAAUGGUCUUUCUGGGCUGAUCCACUGGCUUAGCCAAGUUAGAAUCCUUCUGAGGUGGCUGCCUUCUAAGAGUCUCUCAGACAGGGUUGGGGAGGCUGCAUCAUGGGGAAAACACAAAAUAUGUCACAGCACCGAGGACAGUUGUCAGGGAGAAGUCGCUCUGUGUGGCAGGAGGCUGUCCUGCAUCUCCGUGUUUGGGUCCCCGCGCUUUCCUUUGGGCUGAGCUGAACAGGGUAGGGUGGGAAGCCUGCUUCGAUUCUUGACCUUCAGUCUCACCUCCUACCUGAGUGGUGGCAGGGGCUAAAAGGGAGAAACAUCUAGAGGUCGUUUGCCAUCUUCCUGCCUCCUUGUGAACAGCCCCUGCCGCUCCACUGCUGGCACCUGAGCAGGCAGCGCUCUCAGGUACACCAGCUGUUACUGGCUGGUGGCAUUUCACACCCAGGACAGAGGCUCUGGUGUGUCCUCCGUUCCAGGACUGACCCUGAGUUGAAUCCAGGUCUGCCUUGGUCUGGAGGUCUCAGGCACUAGUUGUGAGAGAGCACUAGUUGUGAGAGCUGCUUCUCACGCGUGGAGGCUGGAGACAUGGCUGAGUGGUUUCUCAAGGCCCCGCCCACUCCGUUCUUCUGACUUCGCUUCUAGCUGAGAUGCUGACUGUCGCUGCAGGAAACGAGUUAGAACAGAGAAUAAAGCCCUAAAAAGCAGUUUCCCAGUGGAGCCCUGUUAUCCCUGCUAGCGGCCAGCCAAAGAAGGUAUGCUCGGCUCGGCUGGGCUCGGCUCGGCUCGGCUGGGCUCGGCUCGGCUGGGCUCGGCUCAAAUUCCGUGGAGUCCCCAGGGAGACACACAUGACCCCUUGGGCAGUGUGGGAGAGUCGCAGCCCGUGAGCUCUCCUGGUCCUUCCUUUGCUUCUGGGGCGCUUUCAUUCUUCGUUUACACAUCAAAGGGGGUCAAAUUGUACUUCCUUUUACAGGUAAAUUUCAAGGCACAAUCAGUUUUUAAGAGAGUGCUUCAAGACCCUAGGCAACAUGGAUGGUUCUCAGUUCCCUCUGAAUUUUAGUCUCUGUUACCGGGUGCUCUUUACCAAAGGAGCCCGCUGCAGGGUGAAAUUCAGGCGUGUUUUGCCCAGGCCUGCUGUCUUGAGUACAAAUGUGAAUGAUGGACUGACUGCUUGUUGCCAAACUGGAAAUGUUUUGUAGGGAUUUACUGGCAUGGUAUCAUUCCUAGGAAGAAGAAGGAAAAAAAAAAAGGAAAAAGAAAAAAAGAAAGAAAAAGGGACAGGAGAGUGAGAGAAACUUGACUGCACAUUUUUUUUUUAUUAAAUCCAUGUUGUGACUUUUAUUUAAUUUCUAUUUUUUUGGUAAUAAAAAGUUGACUUUUUAAUUUGAAUUUGUCUUUUUUUAUUUAUUGGUCUGAAAGGCAUUUCAAAGGUAUUAUAAUAAUAUAUUGGUGUAAUUUAAUUGGUGUAGCAUUAUGGGCUCCAGUCAAAAUUGGUUUUUGACUUAUUUGAUUGGUUUGAGAACAACAGCCUACAGGGAGAGGAAGAGAAAAGCUGGCUAAUUACCCAAAGUGUUCAUUUUUCGUUUGGAAACUGAGUUUUUGUCAUUUUUGUUUCUGUUUUUAUUUUAAAUUAAAUAAAUUUCAAUGAAAUGAA